UCAUUGUGAGCUUCAGCAACAGAUGGCGACGGCAGGAGCGUUUAGCCGCGGUUCAAAUCUGUCAGGGUGGAGGUUCUGAUGGCAGAGUCCCGACCUACUUCCUGACUUUUGGUUCCUAAAGGAUUUGGAUUUGGAUAAUAACCUAGACAUCCGAUUUUUACAUGUUAUUUCCUCUUUAGAGUUGUUUUUUUAAAAUUCGGUUUUAGUUCAGAUUUCUGCUGGAGGCCUCAAAAGCCUCGGAGUAGAUUUGGCGAUCCAAGGAGUCCGGCAUCAGGAGACGUCUGCAGUAUUGCUCGUAAAGUUUCCUAAAAAAAUGUGUUUGACCAUUUGUGUUGUUUUUAGGUGUUACGGUUUCGCUUUAUAAAGUUGGUUGUGUUCGCGUCACAGCAAAAGGUGGAAUUAAUGCGGAGUAAAUUUUUAAGUUAAGGAGACAAGCUAACUGUUUAGCUACAUAGCAACGAACUGGAUGAAUGAAUGAAGCAGCUUCGCAACUGCCUGGAUUUAAAAGGAGAAACCGAGUUCAGUAUCACUACAAGUUUAUGUCACGUUUUCCUACAAGGCGCCACUGAUUUUCUUUACUCGGGAGAGCAUUUAUGGGCAAGUGUUCCUCGACUGUUUCACCGGUUUCCCCACAAAUGAACAGGAAUGCUUGGCUUGGGAGUGGAUGGGCAGCGGCAGUGUAGCACGCGAAGAUAGCGCUGUGUCGGUGCUACGUCUCCUGAUGUUUAUUAGGAAGGGCGAGGUCAGCUUUAGCUAGCUACGAAUAUAUAUAUAUGCACUACUCGGACUUGUCAGCGAUAAGUGUGGAGCUUACGCCCAGAGUUGGGAAUGGGGAACACGGUGUCAUGCUGCGUCUCUCCGGAGUCGAGUCCCAAACUCCCUUCGAGGCAACCCGCGGAGCGGCUGGAGGAGUUCACCAGCACCGAAGUGAGCGACGACAACACCGGGCCCUAUCUGCAGCACAUCAGCGACAGGGAGGUCCCUGAUGAGCUGGCCUUGGAAUUUAAUCCAUCGGACCACGCCCGAGCGAGCACCAUCUUCCUCAGCAAGUCCCAGACAGACGUGUGCGACAAGAGAAAAAGCAACCACAUAAACCAUAUCAAUCGUGUUUCUCCCGGUCCGCUGUUGAAGAAGUACAGCUCCUGUUCUACCAUCUUCAUAGACGAUAGCACCGUGAGCCAGCCAAACCUCAAAAGCACAAUUAAAUGCGUCACUUUAGCAAUAUACUACCACAUCAAAAACAGGGACUCUGACAGGUCACUGGACAUCUUUGAUGAGAAGUUGCACCCUUUAUCAAAGGAGCCGGUCCCAGACGACUACGCGUACGUCGACCCAGAGCACAAACUCAUCUAUCGCUUCGUCAGGACGCUCUUCAGCGCUGCACAGCUCACCGCUGAAUGUGCCAUCGUCACACUCGUCUACUUAGAACGUUUGCUGACGUACGCAGAGCUGGACAUUUGUCCGGCCAACUGGAAGCGGAUCGUCCUGGGAGCUAUCCUGUUGGCCUCCAAAGUCUGGGACGACCAGGCGGUGUGGAACGUCGACUACUGCCAGAUCCUUAAAGACAUCACCGUGGAGGACAUGAAUGAAAUGGAGCGCCAGUUCCUGGAACUUCUCCAGUUUAAUAUCAACGUGCCAGCCAGUGUUUACGCCAAGUAUUACUUUGACCUGCGGCAGCUGGCCGACGACAACAACCUCAACUUCCCGCUGGAGCCCCUCAACAACCAGCGCGCUCAGAAACUAGAGGCCAUUUCAAGACUGUGUGAAGACAAGUACAAGGAUCUGAGUAAAGCAGCGCUGAGACGCUCCAUCAGCGUAGACAACCUGAUAGGUGUGCGGCACUCAAACGCCGUACUCUCGUAGCCCCGCCCCCCAGCCCAUCCACCUGCAGCACAGCCGACACCGGACAAACCCACAGAGUCCUCGCAGCCGCAUCAGACGGGGUUCUGCCUGCAAACGCCUUAGCAUGGUGGUGGUUCGCUGCCGCUUCACAGCUGCGUCUCCGAUGAAGCUGAAAUUAUGGCUCCAGAGUAAACCAGAGUAAAGCCAUCCUUUUCACAGAUCUAUUAUUUAUUUCUCAACAAAACUCUCUUUUCCCCAGAAACAGUGUUUAAAAGACAAAAAAAACAAAACAGAAGGAGCGCUAGAUUUUUAAUUUGUCACAAAAACAGCAUCAGUAGAAAAAGAAAAGUUCAGUCUGUUCUGUCUCGACAGACGAGGUUUUGGUUGAUUUUUAAUAUUUUGGUUUCUGUGAACAAACCUCUAGAAGGUAUUUGUACUUGCUUAGGUCAACCGGUGAGGUUAUUCAGCCUUCAGAAAACUUAUAUCUGCAACAGCAAAGUCUGUACAACAAACCCCGUAAUAUCUCAACAGGAGAUACAAAAUUUCCUUGGUGAGUAAGAAAACCCCAUCUCUCUAUCUUUUAUUUUAUUUUACGGCCUACUUUUUUCAGAAUCAUAUCAAAUUAGUGUUGGAAAUAUUUUCUUUUUGGUUUGUUACUACGUUUUUACAAACCGAUUUUACCUGUUUGGCACCACUUGGAAGGUAAAAUUCAUAUCUUAAUUGUAUCCAAAUAUAUUCACAGACUAUUUAUUGUACCAUUGAUCCUCAGGUAUGGGUAUUGAGAAUAGCUGCACAGCACUGAGAAAUAUCAGAUGUGAAUGUUUUUUGGAAUAAUUUGAUGUUAGUUUUAACUUUUUCUGAAAAUGCUCAUCUUAUCAUUUUAAUUGGGAUAGCUAAAGAUGUAUUUUGUAUUAUACAGUACUUGUAAAAAAAAGUGUUGAAUUAUUCAUAAUUAAUAUUUUAUGUAUUUAUGUCUUUUGGUGGUCGUGAUCAAAAGUUCUCCUGGCUUUCUAAAGGCCUUGACAUUUUCAGUCCUCUUGUUAGAAGAGUAGCAGGAUUUCAUUUCUUAAGCCACGUAACACUGAGAACCUUAAGAUAAAAAGAGCUUAAACGAAUUUGAUAAGUUCGCCGAAUAGUUUACUGGUCAGCUGGAUUAGUUACUAGUAUCAAGGUGUGUCUAGGCUUUCAGAAGUUAGUACUUCCAAACUACUGAAACUGACUGGUCAUUCCUAGAUACAUCUCUUGCUCACAAGUCAGAUAUCAGUUUUUCACUUUUGAACUUUGAACUUCUGUUCAGAAGAGUAAUCAUUGACCUUUCAAAACAUCCUUUAAAUUUAUUUGACCACUUUCAGGGAACUGAAGAGGUUAGAAGUCCAUCAGCUAGCUAGAAUGUUAGCUGGAUAGCUGAAGGCCUUAACUAGCUAACUUAAAGUACUAAAUAGCUAGCUAAGUAGCUAAAUCAAGAUAAACUUGCCACCUAGCUAGAAAGAUAACAUGAUAGCGAGCUUACUAGUUAUCAUGUUGGAAAGAUAACAUGAUAGCUAGCUUACUAGUUAUCUUUCUAGCCAAUUAGCUAAAAAGAUGAUAGCUGUCUAGCUAUCAUGUUAUCUAGCUUACUUGCUAGGUGGCUAGUUAGCUAGGUAUGUAUUUCUUAUCUAUGUAUGAAAAUAAUGCAACAUUGACAUCACAAUAUCAGUGUUUUCACAAACAACUGGUUGGAUGCAUAUUUGAUAGGCUUUUAUAUUCCAAGACAUUCAUCCUCUGAUUAUUGAUUACAUAUAAAACAUAUGAUGCAGCUCUUCAGCAGCUGCGAUCCUAAAGCUCCCAGAGACUGGUGGAGGCUGUAUGGGGGAUCAAGGAAGAGUCUGGGGAAAAUGUGAGUUAAUCAUUGUUGGAAAUUGCUGUCACAAUAUUCAGAUGCUGUAUCGCAUUUUAAUUUGCUCCAGAUAUUAUGCAGCUUGAUUAUUUUAUCAAUGUGGAAAUAACUGUUGCGUUUCUAUUUGGAAUAAUUGCGUCAUGUUGUGCACUACUGUUAAAGCUGUCUUAUACUGUAACACUUUGAAAGUUUAUCAUCCUAGGGUAGGAGAGUGUGAUUCCAGCCCAUGCCCUGGUCAACGUUAUGUGGCUUAAAAAAUAAUUGACGUUGCUGGGAAAAUAGUCUGGACUAAAGCAAGACCUCCAAAAUACUGUAGGGCUUUCAGAAAGACCCAUGAACUGUGAUCAAGACCACUUUAAAAUCAUUCUCAAAGAUAAAUAUAACAUACAGAGCUAUUAGGGAUAACUCAAGACUACAGUACAGUACAUUUGAGCUGAAAUUUUAAAUGUUUUAGGUAAUCUGAACUGAACAUGUCUUAUGACAGGAUCUUACUGGUAACACUCCACUCCAGAUAGUUGGAAUGAUCAAAGCUUCAGUCAGCUGUUGUGCGUCAGAAAUCAGAACUGCCAAUUGCGGAAUUUGUUGUAAUGCCAUCUAUACAUCUGUACCUUUUUGGAUGAUCAAAUGCUACUGAUUAUAGAUCAGUACUGCUACUGACUGGAGGGGGGGGGGGGUAUCUCCCGUUCCUCACCCCCAAUCCAGCUUUUGUUUCAAAGCCCCUCAGAUCUCACCAUCGACAGAAACCUCCCAACCCUUUGUUCAAAAACACGACAUAGAUACAGAGGGAACAAAAGACUGAUGGACAACCCUCUCCUUUUUGCUUACUAUGUAGGCUACUAGCUGUGAAAUUAUUCUUUUUAAUGGAAAGAAGAAUUUGCAAAUGGAGUAUUUUAAAUAAACACUAAUCAUGUGACAAAUA